AUGAAGAGUAAACAACUCUUUCUUAGCCUCACUCUCGUAGCAUUCCUCGCCUUGCAACAAUGCACCGCUUCCGUCGGCGGCGGCAUCGGCAGUGGCUCGGGCUUUGCGAGGGCGAUCGGGGCUUGUUUCGUGGUCGAUGGGCGCCCGUUCUACUCGAACGGGUUCAACGCGUAUUGGCUCAUGUACAUGGCGUCGGACCCCGCGGACCGCGACAAGGUGACCACCACAUUCCAACAAGCCGCUGAUCUUGGAGUCACAGUGAUCAGGACUUGGGCUUUUAGUGAUGGAGGAUACAGGCCAUUGCAGUACUCUCCACGGAGGUAUGUUAGAGGUUUGGGGUUAGAUUUUGUGAUAUCUGAGGCCAAGAAGCAUGGGAUCUACCUAAUACUGAGCUUGGUUAACAAUUGGGAUGGUUUUGGUGGGAAGAAGCAAUACGUGCAAUGGGCAAGGGACAAGGGCCACUACUUGGGAUCUGAUGAUGAUUUCUUCAGGGAUGAUGUUGUAAAGGGAUAUUACAAGAACCACAUCAAGGCAAUUCUCACGAGGGUUAAUACCAUAACUGGAGCUGCGUACGAGGAUGAUCCCACCAUAUUUGCGUGGGAGCUCAUGAACGAGCCAAGAUGCGAAAGCGACCUCUCGGGGAAGACCCUGCAGGCAUGGAUCACAGAAAUGGCUGCUCAUGUCAAGUCCAUUGACAGCAACCACAUGCUCGAAAUCGGGAUCGAAGGAUUCUACGGCGAGUCGAUGCCGGAUCGUAAGCAAUUCAACCCCGGCUACAAAGUCGGCACCGAUUUCAUCUCCGACAACCAGAUUCCUGGGAUUGAUUUUGCCACAAUUCAUGCAUACCCUGAUCAGUGGAUCUCGGGCUCGAGCGACGGAGACCAACUCGCGUUCGUGCAAACGUGGAUCCGAGCCCACGCCCGCGACGCGGCGGCGGUGCUCAAAAAGCCGCUCAUGCUCACGGAGUUCGGCAAAUCGUCGCGGUCCCCGGGCUACACCGUGGGCGCACGCGACGCCUACUUCCUCGCGGUCUACGAGGCGGUCUACGCCUGCGCGCGCGGCGGUGGACCCUGCGCCGGCGCGAUCUUCUGGCAAGUGAUGGCCGACGGGAUGGCCGCGUGGACCGACGGCUACGACGUCGUUUUUUCGCAGAGCCCCUCCACGAAAAGCGUUAUUGCGCAGCAGUCCACCAGGAUUUCGAACCUAAAUGUCCCUGCUAGUAAUAAUAAAUUUGUUGAAGGGGGUUUCGAUAAUUUGGUGCGAGGGGAUUAG